CCACUUGUCAACUCAGGGCAGGCAUUCUCCAGAAAAUACAAGAUCACACCAGAAAAGCGGGUUUCGCUUCAUCGUUCUCUUCCCCCGUCCUCCAUCUACGAAAUGGUUUUGUCCAGCGUUCUUGGCUUCCCUCGCAUUGGUGCGAACCGCGAAAUCAAAAAAGCCGUCGAGGCCUACUGGGCCGGUAAGGCCUCUGUGGAAGAUCUUACAAAGGCUGCUGCCGAUGUCAGAAAGGCCAGUUGGACAAACUUGAAGAAUAGAAAUGUCGAUUUGAUCCCUAGCGGUGAAUUUUCGCUGUAUGAUCACGUCCUCGAUCAUUCCGCAGCAUUCAAUGCCAUCCCCAAGCGAUACACUGGACUUGGUUUGUCCCCUCUGGAUGUUUAUUUUGCUAUGGGCCGUGGUCGUCAGGCAGCCGGCGUUGACGUCCCCGCUUGCGAAAUGAAAAAAUGGUUUGAUUCCAACUAUCACUACGUUGUCCCUGAACUUUCCGAGCAAACCGAUUUCAAAUUGCUCUACAACAAAGCUCUCCAAGAGUACAACGAGGCGAAGGGUCUGGGUAUCAACACCCGUCCUGUUAUUCUAGGACCUAUUUCAUACCUUGUUCUCGGGAAGGCUGCCAAGGAAGCUCCUGCCGACUUCCAGCCCAUUUCGCUCCUGCCGAGGCUUCUCCCUGUGUACAAGCAGUUGUUGUCGGAGCUCAAGGCAGCGGGCGUGGACUCAGUUCAGGUUGAUGAACCCAUACUAGUGCUUGACAAGGCUGCUGGAUUGGACAAACAAUACGCAUCUGCUUUCGCUGAGCUUUCCCCUGUUUCACCCAAGAUAGUCUUGACCACCUACUUUGCCCGUCUUGAUUCCAACAUCAACUUUAUCGCCAAGCUUCCCGUAGCUGGCCUUCACAUCGAUCUGGUUCGUGCUCCAGGUCAACUCGAUGAUGUUCUUGUGGCCAUCAAACCUACAAGCAUUGUUCUCUCACUUGGUGUUGUUUCUGGUCGCAACAUCUGGAAAUGCGACUUCGCCACAGCCCUCAAGCAGGGUCAGAAAGCUGUCGCCGCUCUCGGCGAGGACCGUGUCAUAGUUGCCACGUCUUCUUCGCUUCUGCAUACUCCAGUUACCCUGGCUUCGGAGAAGAAGUUAACACGGGAGCAGAAGGAUUGGUUCUCUUUCGCCCUGGAAAAGGCUACUGAGGUUGCUACUAUUGCUGCCUUAUUAUCUGGCUCUCAAGACCCGAAGAUCGCCGCAGCGUAUGAGGCAAAUAUAGCUUCCAUUUCCAAACGCCGGGAGUUCGAGCAUACGUCAGAUGAUGCCGUCCGUAAGCGCGUGGCUUCUAUUACAUCCGAUAUGUACCACCGGAAGAGUCCAUUCGUCGUUCGCAAGGAGAUACAAGACAAGCACCUCAAUUUACCCAAGUUCCCUACGACAACUAUUGGUUCUUUCCCUCAAACGAAGGAGAUCCGCAAUGCCCGUGCUAAACUCGGCAAGGGCGAAAUUACCGAGGUUGAAUACGAGGAAUUCAUCAAGAAGGAGAUCGAGGAAGUGGUCCGUUUCCAGGAGAAAAUCGGUCUUGACAUUCUUGUGCAUGGCGAACCAGAACGGAAUGACAUGGUACAGUACUUCGGUGAGCAGUUGAAUGGCUUCGUCUUCACCCAGAAUGCCUGGGUGCAAUCAUACGGGUCUCGAUACGUCCGCCCCCCCAUUAUCGUCUCAGAUGUUAGCCGCUCCGCCCCAAUGACCGUCAAGUGGAGUAGCUAUGCCCAAAGUCUCACGAAUAACCGAAUGAAGGGUAUGCUUACUGGUCCUGUCACCAUUCUUAACUGGUCGUUCCCCCGCGAUGACGUCUCGCGCAAGUUGCAAUCCCAGCAACUAGCCCUCUCCCUCCGCGAUGAGGUCAUCGAUCUCGAGAAAGCUGGUAUUAGUGUCAUCCAAGUCGAUGAACCUGCCAUUCGAGAAGGCUUGCCGCUUCGUCGUGCCGACUGGGACGAAUACUUGGAAUGGGCUGUCGACACAUUCAAACUUGCAACCGCUGGUGUCACGGAUGCCACUCAGACGCACUCUCACUUCUGCUACUCGGACUUCGAUGAUAUCUUCCCAUCCAUUCAACGCCUUGAUGCCGAUGUUAUUUCCAUCGAGUUUUCGAAGAGUGACAUGAAGCUGCUGCACACAUUCCAACACUUUGGCUACUCUAACCAGAUCGGUCCUGGUGUUUAUGACAUCCACUCUCCUCGUGUUCCUAGCGAAGAAGAGAUUAAGGAGCGACUUAAGGCCUCCCUGGCCAUUAUCCCUGCUGACUUGAUGUUUGUAAACCCUGAUUGUGGUCUGAAGACUCGUGGGUGGAAGGAAACCGAAGCUUCCCUCGCGAACAUGGUCGCCGCGGCUCGCUGGGCCCGCCACAGCGCAUGAUUCCUUUUUCUUGCGCUUCAACAGCGCCCAAAGAGCAAUAUUUAUCCAAGACUUCUACAAGAAGGUACCACUUGACCUUGGGUUGUUGUCGCGAUUACAUCGUGUCCGGCCCGAUGACACAUCAUCGUGCGGACGACUUUUACGGAGAUUCUGCAUUGUGGGCUCGGCAGGAGUCAUGGCAGUAGAAACUUUCCGCACUUAGUAGUUGGAUUUCAACAAUCCUAGAUUGUAUUGCAUCGUCCAACAUCGUUCUUCAAUGAAACCACGUGCACGUCAUUCCUUAUCUAC